CAACACAAGCUCAUGUUUGCUUAUCCUUAAUGCAAUUAUCAUCAUCAAUGAUUCAAUGGCCAUGGUUGAAGCCACUUUCUUAGUGCACAACAGCUUCCUCUUAUCUUUCUUUCUCUAUCUCUGUGCACCCUUUUGCAUGCCAAGCUCUUCUUCUUCACUCACUUCAAACAUUUUCACCACACAAACAUGAAAAUAUCACUCUUUCACACUUAAGUGGCUUCUACUCUUACUGUGUUCUAAUAUGGGUCUGCUUAGACCCCCAUUUCUUUCUGUACUCUGUUGCCUUUUACCAUUGCUGUGUUCCAUUACCAAAUGUGGUGCCUCUGAUGUUUAUGUGAAGUUCUUGAAGGUCCCUCACGCAUUCUCUCACUCUAAGUCAGCAACAUUUGCUUUCCGAGUUCUUAACUCUUCUAGUAGGGGCCAUUGCUCAAACUGCACCCUCAUAUGCAAGCUGGAUGAUGAGAUCGCAUCAGUAUGUAAACGUGGAAAAGCUUCAUACAGAAGUUUGAGGGAUGGAAAUCAUACUUUUGAAGUCUGCACCAAACAUGAAGGACUUGGCUGUGCCACCUAUAACUGGAUUGUUGAUACAACUCCCCCAACAGCGUAUGUUACUGCCUCAACAUCGUUUACAAGUUCCUUAAAUGUGUCCGUAAACAUAUCUUUCACAGAACCCUGUAUAGGUGGAGGAGGUUUUGGAUGCAAGUCAGUAAAUGCAUGCAAUCUUCUUGUCUAUGGUGCUGGCCAGGUCAUACCAUCUUCCUUUAGAGUUUUACAGCCAAAUCUCACAUAUUCUCUUCUCGUUAGUCUGUCAUCUACAGUUCAAUAUGGCCGAGCAAUCGUUGUAAUGGAUAGGAACUUCUGCACUGAUCUUGCUGGCAACAGCUUUAUGAGAAUGCCAAAUUCUAGUGUUUAUAUACAUUUGGACAGGAGAAAAGUUUAUGUCAAUAUCAGGACUCGUGUACCAGAAGAACUGCUUCAACUUAACAGUGAAACGAGAACAGUACAGGCAACUAAUGACUUUGACAGGCUAAAGAUAUAUUUGUACUUCUCAGCUCCAGUUCUGAAUUCAUCUACAGAAAUUUUGAAUUCUAUCAACAUUAGUCAGGGUUCACUUCUUCUAAAUAAUUCAAAAAGCCUUGGAGAUAGAAGAUUUGGAUUCAUGAUUGCUAAUAUAUCCUCUACUUCUAUAAUAUCAAUUAACUUCAAUUCAGAGUCUAUAAUAACCAGACAAGGGACUCAAGUUUCUCCAACUGCUCCAGUUACUUUCCUUUAUGAUACUACGAGGCCUGCUGUGAUGUUGAGUACAUAUAGCAUGAGGACAAGAGAGCACAAUCUCCAAAUAUUAGUUAAAUUUGUGAAGCCUGUUUUUGGCUUCAACUCCUCUUGCAUAACAAUUUCAGGGGGUUUACUAAAAAGUUUCCAUGAAAUAAGACGCGACAUGUACAUGGUUGAGUUACUAGCAGAUGAUGGUUUAGUCUUUGUUAGUGUGCAUGAGAAUGUAACAAGAGAUGUUGCUGGGAACAGAAAUCUAGCUUCCAAUUUUCUACAAGUGAGGCGCUACUCUAUGCCUCUCAUUUCCUCAGUGGUUUCAGCAUUUGCAACUGCUUCAUUUGUGCUGACAUCAAUUGCUGCGGGUUUUCUUACUAUCUCAACUGCAAGCCUUCAAUCUGUUGGUACAUUUACAAGAUCAUCGUCUUUCUUGGUCUUCGAUCCAGCAAGGAAUCUUCUUAGAAUUUUGGGCCAUAUUCAGGUGUUUGCACUAUCUAGAUGGUUAGCAGUUAAGUUGCCAGUCGAGUUUUAUGAAUUUGCCAGACAUUUGCAAUGGACCAUACCCUAUUUUACUGUUCCAUGGGAAAAUGAACCCAUGAACCUAUUCAAGGUAAGCUCUAAUCCCUUUGGAACCUCUAAGGUCAUCAACAAUGCUCCAGCAACAAUCCCAAACAAGUUAGUUAAGAGUUUGAAUUUGGCUGCUUCAGUGUAUGGAUCACCACUUACUUCUUCAGAGUACCAGCAAUAUUUUGAGAGUGAAAAUAUGAAACCAGAAGCUGAAUAUAUUUUGGAUUCACAACAUUCCUCUGGAUGGACAGAAUUUUAUAGAAGCAUGUUUUGGUUAGCUGUGAUCUGUGGUGGUUUAAUGGUUCUGCAUGCUUUUCUCCUCAUUGUCCUGAAAUUUGGGAAGAGAAAUUCUGAGAAGCAUACAAUACAUGGAGCACUCACAUUCCCAAGAUUUGAGAUAUUUCUUAUAUUUCUUGCACUUCCGAAUAUUUGCAAGUCCUCUGCUGUCCUAAUUCAAGGUUUAAUUUUUCUCUUUUGCAUUAUGGCUAUAGGUGGAUCUCCUUCUGGAAUUGCUGUUGGAACUAUACUGUUCGUUUUUGUGUGCAUUGUGCUUCUGGCUUUGUUCUUGUUCCUCUCCAUUGGAAUCACAUUUGGAAAGUUGCUUCAAUAUAAGGAAGUCCAUCAAGAAGGUUUGACAUUUCACUGGUACCAAGAGCUUGUGAGAGUAACUCUGGGGCCAGGUAAAAGAGGCCAAUGGACAUGGAAAGAACAACCAAGAUCUGUUUAUCUAACCAUCUUUGGCCCACUGUUUGAAGACUUGAGAGGCCCUCCAAAGUACAUGCUUUCACAGAUAUCCGGUGGCACUGGCAACCCUCCAAGUCAAAGAGACCGCAUCAUUGCCUCUGAUGAUGAAACAGAAGACGCAGAAGCACCUUGCAUCCAAAAGCUGUUUGGGAUUCUUAGGAUAUACUACGUGUUUCUUGAAUCCAUAAGGCGUGUUUCACUGGGAAUUUUGGCAGGUCACUUUGUUCCAACUCAGUCUUCUAAGACCCCUGUGAUUAUUAUGUUGUCUAUGACUUCUUUUCAGCUGUCCUUCAUGUUGCUAAAGAAACCGUUUAUAAAGAAAAGGGUUCAGCUAGUGGAGAUUAUCUCACUCACCUGUGAAGUUGCUUUAUUUGGUACUUGUUUUGUCCUUCUGAAGAAGGAAUUUUCUGUGAGAGCUGAGACUAAGACUGGGAUUUUCAUGCUAGUGCUGUUCCUAGUGGAGUAUUGUGCACAGAUCAUCAAUGAAUGGUAUGCUUUAUAUGUGCAAACAAAGAUGCUGGACCCUGAGGAAAAAUCACCCUUGGUAGGUUUAAAAAAUGCCUUGAUUGGGUUUCUUUUGUAUUUCAUCCCUCAAAAGUGCAUCAAAGACUUGGUAAACAGGUUACCACAAAAUGGUACUGGGAAUAAUGAAGAAUCUAGAGACACUGCUUCAGGUGGUGACAGGUCAAGAUUCUCAAGUAGUAGAAGCUCGGGUACACCUGAUGGAGCAUGGUUGAAACAGAUAAGGGAAUUUGCAAAGUCUAGCUUUGGUAGGGAAAGAAGUGUAAAUGAUCCUUCGACUAGUGGCACUACUGCAUGGAGUGGGUUAUGGGGAAACAAAAGGAGUGGGAGCUCAUCUUCUGAGUUCAAGUCAAAAUCAAGUUCAUUGUACAAAGAUUUGGAAGCCAUUUUUUCUUCCAAAUAAUACAGAAAAUAGUUAGAUUCGUAUCUGAUUUUGGAACAAUUUGUAUCUUACUGUAAUAAAUCUACAUGGAUUUGCCUCCCGUUCCUGUCAACUAGUUUAUCAUGUAAGAUGGUGCACAAUUCUAUGUGUUAA